AAUAUUGUAGCAGACAGAUGGUCAAAUGAAAAGCAAACAAUCCCUCUCCCCUCUGAUUGGAAACAAAAAGAUCCUCCUGCUGCUCCUAUCAUCAGUGAUAUUCUAAAAAUGGAACUGUAAAUUCUUUAGCAGUAAGAAUAUCAUGGUGUAAAAGCGGGAAGAUCGAAUUCAACUGCAAAUUUUUGUUUCCUGGUUUCUUAUCGUUUACGCAUUUAAUCCUGACGUUUUAUUGUGUUUAAAUGUUUUCCCCUUGCUACAUAUAAAAUAUAUAUUGUGUAUUAUAUAUUUUAAAUUCAUCUUUAAAUUUAGAUGCCAAAGAACCUACAUGCAUUUUGUUUGUUAAUAAACAAAGGAUAUUUUAAAGGCAUAGAUUGACUAAUGAUAUGGCCCAAGAUGAAAACGAAGAAGACUUUUCCGGUCGUUUAUUGCACCAAGCAGCAUUAUGGGGAAACGCAGAAUUAUUGGAGGAUCUCUUACAUGGAGAAAUGCUUGCAUUUCUUAAUGCAAAAGACUCUCGAGGCCGAACUGCUCUUCACGCCGCAGCAACCAACGAAAACGAAACUUGUACGAGAAUACUUCUCCAAGCAGGAGCUGACCCAAACAUAGCUUGUGGAGUUAAAGAACAGUACAAGACAGCGUUGCAUAUAGCAGCUGAAAAUGGUCAUCGCGACAUUUGUAAGUUGCUUUUAGAAUAUGAUGCUGACAUACUUGCUAAAGAUAGUACGGGAUUAACUGCGAUGGACUUGGCGGAGAAAAACGAACAUCCACAUGUGAUGGAAUUGUUGAAGGAAGUCGCCAAUAAUCGGGAACAGCAUAGAGAAGAAUUGCAUAAAGCUUUGUGGGAUGCUUGCAGUAGAGGUGAGGUGAAUAAGGCAAGGCAAUUAAUUAAGCAAUUGGGUCGAGAAACAGAGCUCAUAAUCAACAGUACGCCAAAUGGAUGCAGCACCUUAUUGUUUAAGGCUUGUGAAGAAGGUCAAAAAGAAAUUGUAAAAUUGCUUCUUGAAAAUGGUGCUGAUGGCAGGAUUCAUCCAAUAACUAAAUAUUCGCCUCUGUACAUUGCUUGUUACUAUGGAAGGAAAGAUAUCACGGAAAUUAUAAUCAAAAAAUUUCCUGAAUUAGUUGUGGUCACUACUGUCGAAAAAUGGCUUCCGAUUCAUGCUGCUGUGAUUAAUGGUCAUUUGCAGGUUUUAGAUCUCCUUCUAAAAUAUCCAUAUGAGUCUUCUGUGCUUCAAAGAUACGUGGAUAAAACACAAAAAUGGGAGUAUUUUUUCCCAUUUGAUAUCAACGCAAAAGAUGUCACAGAACAAACAGUUCUGUAUGUAGCCUGCCUUGUCGGGAAUCAAAGAAUUGUCGAUCUUCUUUUGAAAUUUAAAGUGCCGGCAAAGAGGAUUAAAAAGGAAGAUGGAUCUGAUGAUGAAAGAAAAGAUGAUGAACACAGGUCAGGAUCAAACAUAAGCCCCACUAAAAAACGUUUGUCAACUGGCAUCCAAAGUGUGAUAUCGAAACUUAGUUUAAGAAAUAACACUGAUAAAGAGGAAGAACAUUCCGAAACUGAAAUUUCUCCCUUAGACCUAGAUCUUUAUUGUAAUAAUAACACUGAAACUGCUUUACAUAUAGCCAUUAAAAAGAAAUACCACAGUAUAGUUCAACUUUUACUUCAAAAUUCAGCCAAUCCAAAUCUUAGUAUUAAACAGUCUACUGAAGAACUGAAUCGAGCAAAUGAUAAUUCGGGCUCUUCUUCAACUGCUCUUGUAGAAGCCUGUAAAAAUCGUGAUGUGAAUAUGGUGGAUUGUCUCGUAAGAUAUGGUGCAAGAGACGACCAGUGUAAAGCUCUGAAAGUUGCCACUGCCAACAAAGAUGAACAUAUUGCUUCUAAGCUAUUAACAUUAAAAGCAUAUCAAGAUCCUGAGUUUAAAAUUAAUAAGAAAGCUCUUGAAAUAGUACCAUCAACUCAUCUGGGUGGGUUGUUGGGAAGUGUGACAUUUAGCUCUAUGUUUCCAACCACUCCUGUUAUGAUUAACUGGCAUGGCCAAAAAUGUUUGCACUACAUAAAAGAGGAGUGGUUAUUAAAUGCAAGCAUGGCUCACAACGUCAAGUUAAAGCUUACUGCCAGAAAUCAGAGUAGUGCUCUAAUGGCUAUCACACGUCUUGACAUAUCCAACAAUCAACUGACAGAACUUCCUUUGUGUAUAUUUCAAAUGGCAUCUUUGAGACAUUUUAAUGCAGCUAAUAAUAAAAUAUUUAAACUUCCUGAAGCUGAUAAAAAUGAUAAAACAUCAUCUUCAUCCCCUAAAACAAAACGUGAUAUUCAUUCAUUAAACCAAUCAGGGUGGUGUUGCCCUGUUCUGGAAGAAAUUCAUUUACAUGACAAUAGGCUGGAUUGUGUACCAGCUUGUCUUUUUACACUACCCUCGCUAACAGUUCUUGAUUUAUCGAACAAUAAGCUUCAGUCUUUACCUUUUAAAAUGUGGUUUGCUCCCAAGUUAAGAGAAUUGAAUCUUUCAUUGAACAUGUUGCACGAUUUGCCUUCUAAACCUCCACCAGUUCGCUCUAUAUCUGCCUCUCGUCUUACUCCAAGUAUUUCAGAAGAUCAAGUGAAUUCCACUGAAUCUAGUCCUCGUCAUUCCACUGUUGAAUCGUUUGAAAGCUCUGGUGAUAUUCCAAAUUUACUGUCUCCUGUCUUUGAACCUGAGAGAAGAUUUAAAGUAGAUGGUGAUCUCAGACAACAAGAGUUGUUGCACCAUAACUUUUGGAGCUCCUCUAUAAAGAUUGUAGAAUCUUCAAAUGGAAAUGAAACUGGUAAAAACCAAAAGUGCCAACUGGCAGCUCUUAAUCUAGCCCACAACGCUUAUGAAACAAUCCCUCCCAUACUAUCCUGUUUUGCUGUAAACUUGGCUAGAUUGAACAUGAGUUAUAAUCGACUUACGGAAAUGGGACCUGUUAGUAGUUAUCCAGCUUGUCUUAAGCAUUUAGAUCUUAGCCACAACAGAAUUAAAACCUGGUUAACCACUCGAAGAAUUGAUCCUGAUCUCAACACUGAAAGUAGUUCAUGUUAUAGUCAAACUGAAUCUAUGAGUGCAAAAAUGAAGCCAUCAAGUACUUCAUCUUCUGGUCGUACACAGUCUCCUUCCUUGCAUUCUUGGGGAUCAGCUAAAUCACUGACUGGCUUAGUGUGUCAACAUAGACGCCACAACAGGUUGGAUAACUUAAGAACAUUAAUCUUAGCUGACAACGAGUUGGACCGAUUAAUAUUAAUUUUGGACGAAGAUGAUUUUGAGGAAGAAGACUCAAAGUCAUCUGAAUCAUUUGAAACAUUGGACCCUACUGGAAAAGUGUUACAGAUGGAAAUAAAAAGUAAAAUCCUCUUCCCCAACCUUUCCAUGCUUGAUGUUAGCAACAAUAAAAUAGAUGAAGUUCCUGCUGUGAUAUCCGAAUUCAACAACUUGUCUGUUUUGAAUCUUAGUGGCAAUGUGGGCAUCUGUCAUUUGCCUCCUGAAAUGGGCUUGCUCGGUAAGCUUUGGAAUUUGAAUACCAGAAUGUGUAAUCUCACUGAACCACUAAGAAGCAUGAUAGAUAGUAAAAAAUACAAGACCAUGGAUGUCAUAGGCUAUUUAAAGUCGAUUUUAGAAGAUGCUAAACCAUAUGCUCGAAUGAAAUUAAUGAUUGUUGGUAUUGAAGGGAUAGGCAAAACUUCCUUACUGGAGCAAUUGAGAAUAGAAGGAACUGGAGCCUAUCGAAAGAAACCACCUGAGCAUUGGGCCAAGAGGACUGGAAAUAAGAAUAUCAAUCUUAAAACCGCCAAAGGUAUUAAUAUAUCAACGGUUGGUGUAGAUGUUGGGGAUUGGAUUUAUGAAAAGAAGAUACGAGGUCAAUCAAGCUAUGGUCCUGUAGUUUUUAGAACCUGGGACUUUGGAGGACAAAAAGAAUAUUAUGCUACGCAUCAAUAUUUUCUGUCUAAAAGAUCUUUAUAUCUAGUCACGUGGAGAAUUAUUGAUGGUGAAAGGGGUGUUGAUGGCAUAUUGCAGUGGUUAGUAAAUAUACAGGCUCGAGCACCUAAUGCUCCUGUAAUCAUCAUAGGCACCCAUUAUGAUCUGGUCAAAGAACGUUUCCCUCCCUCCUACUCUGAAGAUCUUCAGCAAAUGAUCAGGGAUCGUUUUAUCAAUGUUGUUGAUGCGGACAAAUGUGGUCUUCCCAGAGUCAUUGAUACAAUUGAAAUCAGUUGUAAAACGAGACAUAAUAUCAAGUUACUUUGCAAUCUGAUUUAUGAUACUGUAUUUGAUCUUAAAUGUCCUGGAAGCAAAGAGAGACUUCUUGAGCAAAAAAUACCAGCUACAUAUUUGGCAUUAGAAGAUGUUGUUGGUCUUUUAGCAGUUGAGCGUCAUGUACAGGGGAAGGAUCCAGUACUGCGUGCUGAAAACUACCGGAAUAUGGUAAUGCAUGAAAUGAUGCAGAGAUAUAACAUAGCUUUUCGUGAUUUAUCAGAAUUGAAUCAAGCUUCAACUUUCCUUCAUGAAAACGGUAUAUUGCUUCAUUAUGAAGAUGCUACAUUAAAAGAUCUCUACUUUCUGGAUCCGCAGUGGCUAUGUGAUAUGUUAGCUCAUGUUGUAACUAUAAGAGAAAUCAAUCCUUUUGCUAGAAAUGGUAUAAUGAAAAUUGAAGACUUAAAACAUGUGUUUAAAUCUUCUCAAUUUGCACCAUCUGAUGCUCAGACUUACAUCUUGAAUUUGUUAAACAAAUUUGAAGUAGCCCUAACAUGGGAUAAUCGAACAAUUAUUAUUCCUUCCCUUCUUCCUUCUGAAGAACAAUUGCGAGCUGGAUUUCCUGGAUGUGAUGUUCGAGUUCCUGUAAGAUCGAGAGUAUGGGCUAUGCGUAAAAGUUAUGGAAAUAGACAUUCUGUCAGCAGUGCUCCUUUAACCUUGAAAUUAACAACCACCGAAAAACGACCACAGAGACCUCUUAGUGACAUACCUUUGACCGCUGACUGCAUUGGAACCCCAAAAAUAUCCGAUCCAAUGGAAAAAGAUUCUGAAAAUUCUGGCAUAACCUGUUACGUUCGCCACAAAACACAAAUUGAAAGCGUAGUUCGACGCCUCCUUCUCAUGUCAUACUUUCCCAGUGGUUUCUGGUCUCGGUUGAUGACGAGAAUGCUGGCUGACGAUAUCGUUGUUGAAAUCAUUCGAUCUUAUUUCCUCCUGCCCAAAGAUGUAGAUAUGGAUCCUUUGUUGGCAGCUGUUUUCAAUCGUAGGGCUGAAUGGAUAUGUUGGCAAACUGGAAUGGAGUUGCGAUACCUCGACACAACCUUGUUUCGAAUGAAGGAGCACCUGAGUCACCUCAACAAUGCUCCAUUUGAAUAUCGCCAGAUGAAAUUUUUCGUUCAGCAAGAGGGAAGCUGGAGUGAUAUUGAGAUUAUAAAUUCAGCUAUUUUGGAAAUUAUCCUGCCAAACCAGACUGUCGUUAUACAGAUACCCAAAGUUGAUGCGGAUGGUAUAAUUGUGGCUUAUGAUAAUGUAGAGCUUCAACCUAAUUCUGAGUGUGUUGCCAAACUGUUGUCAGUGUCAGUGGAUCAUAUUGAUACUCUUCUGGAGGAUUGGUACCCGAAUCUGGGUACUAGAUUUGUUCACACGUCUGAAGGAAAAUUUUUAGUUACAAGAUUAGUUCCUUGCACUCAAUGUGUUGUUGCUCAUGUUAAAGAAGAAACUGGUUCAUCAGAUAAAGGGCACUUUUCUGUGACUGAUCAUGCCUGGGAACCAGGGCCAUGGCAUGGAGAACCUCCUUGGAGGACAGGAAUGGACUGUAGUUCUCGUAAUCACUCUAUGGGCAGCAGCAGGCUGUCCUACUCUCCAAAUUUAGCUCAGAAGAAUCGAGGCUCUCGUAAUAGUACCAUGUCACAUGACAGUGAUAGUGGAGUUGGUCCAGACAGCAAUAGUUCUAGUCGUAAACCUUCAACUGAAAGCAGGCCCGAAGCAGAAUAUACAUCUGGCAUCGAAAGCACAUUAUGUAUUGAAGCUUUACCUGAAACUGUCAUUUAUAGCUUCAUGGUUGAAGAGUGUAUUUUGACUGCAUAUGAGCAACGAGUGCUUCAGUGUCCUCUACAUGGAAACCAGUCUUUGUUACAAAUAGCACCGGAUACGGUGUUUGUAGAUCUUGGAGAACGCCACUUAAUACCGCCUGACUCUGUUCGACGGGGAAAAAUGCUUGGUAGAGGAGCUUUUGGAUUUGUUUUCAAAGCCAAUAUAAAACAAAGAGGUAGCAAUACAUAUACAGAAGUGGCAAUGAAAAUGUUACAACCUGUAGAUCCUGGUUUUGGUGCUAAGCAGUCUGAUACUGCAGCUUACAAAGCUGCUUGGAAUAAAUGGCAGAGAGAUCCUUUGCAGUAUGCAUGCAAAGCCUAUUGCACUGCUCGUCAAGAGCUAAAUAUAUUGCUCGCUUUACGUCAUCAAAAUAUAGUGCAUUUAGUUGGAGUCUGUACAAAACCUCUUGCUCUAGUCCUUCAGUUGGCUCCAAUGGGAGCUUUAGAUUCUAUUCUGAAAAAUUAUCGUCGAUCUGGUGCAAAGUUGGAUGUUUAUGUAAUGCAGAAAAUAAUUUUUCAGAUUGCAAAAGCAUUAGAAUAUUUGCACCAGCAACAUAUAAUUUACCGUGAUCUGAAGUCCGAAAAUGUUUUAGUUUGGGAAUUACCACCUCCAUUUCAUUGUUCGACACCCAUCCCCCAUGUUGAGACCAAAUUAGCUGAUUAUGGAAUCAGUCGUUCCACUUUACCAACAGGAACUAAAGGCUUUGGAGGUACUGAAGGAUUUAUGGCCCCAGAAAUCAUGAGAUACAAUGGUGAAGAAGAGUAUACUGAAAAGGUUGACUGCUUUUCAUUUGGGAUGUUUAUGUAUGAACUAAUAACUCUUCAUGAGCCAUUUGAAGGACAGGAGUGUGUUGUCAAAGAUUAUAUUUUAGAAGGAGGUCGCCCAUUUUUAACUAAAAGAGAAAUGGCUUAUCCAACUUACUUACUGGAUUUAAUGACUCUGUGCUGGUCGCAUCAACCAAAGGACCGGCCAUCUGCGAGUCAAAUAGUGUCUAUUGCUCAAGCACCAGAGUUGACCCAUUUAAUUGAUGUUGCUUCUCUGCAUGAUCAGAUGGCAGUACUUAGUGCUUGUGUUACUGCUCUUCCACCUAAAACUGAAGAGCAAAGUAUCCAAGAUGAUCAAUGGGAAUUGUGGUUUAGCAGACUUGGGAAACAGAUGGAUAUCUUGACUUGCAGCAGAAAGUCUUGGCUUGAGUAUAAGACUUUGACUUUAGAAACUGUGACUGUUACUUGUCUGUGUGUGGUUGGUGAUGAUUUGUGGUUAGGAGAUUCUAAAGCUCGAGUUCAUAUUUAUAAUAUUGCUGACCAUUCAAUGGUGACAUCAUUCUCUGUAGAUCCACAUGCUCCAACAGUUUCAGCAAUUAGAAGCAUGUGUACUCUUCCUGGACAAAAUGGUGUUGCCAUGGCUACAAGUGGUGGCCAGCUUUGGCUUUGCUGUAUUGAAGACACAAAUACAGAAGAAAAUAAAACUGAUGCCAGGGACUCUCCAAAAUAUAAUAUAGAGGAACUUAUUAACAGUGGUGGAUCAAUAUUUUGCAUUACAUCUAUUGACUUGGGGAAUAACUGUAGUGAGUUAUGGUGUGGCCAAACCCAAGGAAAGAUAUCUAUUUACUCAGCAAUUAAUUCAUCAGUCACUGGUCAUGAAAUUGUUUAUCAUUAUGAUCCUGUAGUAGAUAAUUUAGAUGUCUAUCAACUAGUAGGAGGGUUUAGUGAUAAACCUAUAGUAUGGUCUUAUGUUUAUCCAGGUUGUGUAGCCUACCAGUGGGAUACAGUAAAGAGAACAAUUUUGCAUAAACUUGAUUGCUCAAAACUUGCACCAUGCUCAGAGAGUCUAAUGUCUAUCAGCAUUGAAGAGCAUCUAAGUCCUGGAAGAUGUCAAGUCACAGCCAUGGCCAGUGUGGGAAGUGACCUCUACAUCGGGACCACGUGGGGCUGUAUUGUAGUUGCUGAAGGAACGACUAUGAGACCAAUCACGGUGUUUCGUCCUUUUGAAGAGGAGGUUAAAGCAAUCUUACCACUUCUGGGCAGAAAAACAGAAAAUAAGGAUUCUUCUUCUCCAAAUAAUAACUACAUACCAUACAUUGCAACAGUUGGUAAAGGCUAUCGAAACCUAAUUGGGCGCUAUACACCCAUUAAUGCUCCUUUACCAUACCAAGACAAUAUGUAUUUAUUAUUAUGGCGAGCUGAUAACUGGGCUGCAACAUAAAUUUAUUUCACGUAUUCACAUGUAAAUUUGAAUAGGCAAUUGAAUUGCUUUUUUGUGAUAUGUAAAUUUUCUUGUACCAUAUAAAAAUCUCUAUCAAUCUUCUUCUAAGAAGGAUUUAUCAUAUUUUUAGUGCUCUAGCUGUUGUACAGUUUGCAUAUCUGUAUAUAUGAACAUCUAAAUACAUAAAACAUUUUCCUCCAAUGAAA